GUUUAUAAAAGCAACACAUCGUUUGGAGGUUUUACGCUAGACUCUGUAUCUGACCCAACGAAGACGUUAGAAAACAAACAAACUAACAAAGAGAAGAUGAAAUUGAUUUGGUCACCGGAAACUGCAUCAAAGGCUUACAUCGACACCGUUAAAUCGUGUGAAAAUCUUGGAACGCCGGGAGCGGCAGAGCUAGUGGCGGCGAUGGCGGCAGGAUGGAACGCGAAUUUAAUCGUGGAAACAUGGUCAGAAGGAGAAACCAUAGCCAUAAGCAUAGGCUUAACCAUAGCGAGUCGACACACAAACGGAAGACACAUUUGUAUUGUACCAAACGCAAGAUCACAAACUGCUUAUCUUCAAGCCAUGGCAGAACAAUCUUGCUCAAACUUGCCGGAGACGAUUAUUAUGAAUGAGGAAGAAGAAGAAUUGGAGCACACGAUGCUGACGCUACAAGGAAUCGAUUUCUUGGUAGUUGACUGGGAUCAGAAGGAUUUCGCAGCAAACGUUUUGAGAAACGCUGUGUUUGGAAGCAGAGGUGCGGUUGUGGUAUGCAGAAGCGGUUACCGAAGAAGCACUUCAUGUUUCAGUUGGACAAAAGCAUUUAGUGACCGGAAUGUUGUAAGAACAGUGACUCUUCCAGUUUCCGGUGGUCUAGAAAUCGCUCAUGUUGCUGCAGCAAGAAGCUCUGGGAAGAGUGAUAACAACAACAAAAGAAAAUGGAUCAAGCAUUUUGAUCAAAGAUCAGGAGAAGAACAUGUUAUUCGAAAGUAAAACAAAAAGUGUGGAAUGUUAUGUUUGAUACUUUUUUUGUUCAUAAUUUGUGUAAGAGUGGUUUGUACAUAAAAUCCAAUAUACUGCAAUAUUUAUUGGAAGAUUUGAUUUUUGUGUUA